GUUUUGGUUACUCGGUAACUAGGCUCACUAAACGUUCCCUCGCCCAGAAAACACAUGCUGAAUACGCUAACAUGUCGAAAAAGAAUGAUAGAAAAGACGGAGAGAGGCCACAAAAGAAAAGUAACGUCAGCGCGGCCCCGACGGAGAGGUCUGAACGGGACGAUGGCUUCUACCGGCUGCAGGUCCGAGCUCUGAAGGGCCAGGUGGAGAGGUAUCAGCAGAAGUGCGAUGAGGCAGAGCUGCAGAAGGCAGACUCCUUGUUGCGCUACUCCCAGCUGGAGCAGGAGAUGAAGGACGUGGUCCAGUACCUGAAGCGCUCCGUGGCCCAGCUGGAGGAGGAGCUGAUGGGAUGCGCAGCGCGACUGGAGUCUGAACAACGCACCUGGGAGGAGCAGAACCGUUCCCUGGAACUCCGGCUCAGUAAGCUCCAACAGGAGCACCAGGAGAAGAGCGAGAAGCUCUCCUCUGAGAACAUGAUGCUGGCCGGAAAGCUAGCGUCUCUAGAAGAGUUUGGGGAGCAGAAGGAGAGAUUGAUGUCAGAUUUGUCCUCGCUGGAGAAACAAUUAGCCAAUGAGAAGGAGGCGCACAACAAACAACUUUAUGAGCUGCAUAUGGAAGCUGCUCUGGAACAAGCUAGGGGUAAAACCAAGCAUGCAGACCACAUGAAGCAGGCUGCGGUGGAGCUCCAGCUGCAGGCCCGGCGUGAUGUCUCGGAGGAGGUGGCUCAGUGUCUGGGGGAGAGGGAGGCACUGCAUGAGGAGCUGGCCCACCUGGCCGAGCAGAACCAGGCCCUGGUCCGGGAGAACCAGACCCUCAGGGAUUCAGAGACCCUCACCCGCAGGAAGGACCAGCUCAUUCAUCCCCUGAUGAGAGACCUCAGCCAUAAGAAUAAGAGCAAUCUCGGGGUGAUAAGGAAGUUGACUGACAAGUGCGAGGAGCUGGGGGUGGAGCUUAAGGAGCAGUCCUCUGUAUGCAAGGGCCUGCAGCAAAUACACACCCGACACACCUUGCUGCUGGCUGAGGCUCAGGCCCUCAGGAAGGAGCAUGAGCUCGUCCUGGAGCGAGGCCGGGAGGACGCAAUAACGGUGAAGCGCUUGGGGGCGGAGCUAGAUGAGGAGCGGAGGAGGCGGGGCCAGACAGAGGUCAUCCUGAGUGAGGCUGCCAUGGCGCUCAGACAGGCACUAACGGAUGAGAGGCCAGGGUUGGAGGAGCAGGAGGAGGAGGUGCAGGCUGUGGUCCGCAGGAACCAGAACAUGCAGAAGCUCCUGGCCGUCCUGGAUAGAGCUGCGUGGCUCGGGGCCAACGGCCGCGGGACCCCAGAGCUGACCUCAGCCCCAACGGUCGGUCAACACCAGACUCACUACAGGCCGGGGGACCUGGGUCUGGUGCCACGGCAGAACCAGACCUCCAGGGAGUUCAAGGUGGGCCCCCAUCCCAUGACUACCAGCCAGCACCCCAGGAAGACAAGCCAGAAGAGAAGUGGUCCCUCCAGCCCGGCCCGAUGAUUCACGAACCCUGACCUUUACCCUAUCAGCUACCUGUACCCCCUGACCUUUACCCUACCACCUCCCCGUGGCCCCUCACCCUACCACCUCCCUGAAGCCCCUCACCAUACCACCUCCCUGUGGCCCCUCACCCUAUCAGCUGCCUGUGGCCCCUCACCUUACCACCUCCCUGUAGCCCUUCACCCUAUCAGCUGCCUGUGGCCCCUCAGCCUAUCGGCUCCCUGUAU